CCCCUUCUCUCCUCACUUUGCAGUGCCCUCUCUAGCUCACUCACUUCGCAGUGCACGCUCUAGUUGCGCUUCGCGAGGAACCCCUCGCCCAGUUCCGCGAACAGCUGCCUCAUUCCCAUUCCCUGCUCGUCGGUCUUGCCGUCCUCGGGGGGCUGCUGGCCGCGAUCGGCAUCGCCAUUGUCACCGCCACCGCUCUUGCCGUCCUCGGGGGGCUGCUGGCCGCGAUCGGCAUCGCCAUUGUCAUCGCCAUUGUCAGGCUCGGACUCGGCGCCCAGCAGAACUGAGGGACAGGUACACACGAAGCACAAGACACUCGAUCAAUGCAUACUUGCCUGCCAGCCACUCGAUCAAUGCAUACUUGCCUGCCAGCCAUCCUGCCUGCCUGUGUGUCCGUCUGUCUGUCACACGCUGGCCCCACUACUCACUCUCGGUGGUGAUGCCCUCUCCGGCUAGAGCGCCGUUGAUGGGGAUAGCGGUCACGAAGAACUUGCCGGUGGGUUCUUUGAUCGCACGCUUCGCAGCACCGAAAAACUUGUCCACAGCCCCUGGUUUUUCGGGAACAGCCCUGUUGCCAAAGGCAGCGAACGGGUCGUGGAAGUCGAAGUUCUCCUGCAGGACCACACAACACACACGCACGUGCACGCAUCACAUCCAUGUGUCUGUCAAGUGUUGUCUGUCUCACGGGGCGGCGGAAAAUGUCAUAAUCGAUGAGUUUUUCUGCAAGACAUCCCACAGCAAACGUUCAAGAUACUUCAGCACAUUGCGUGUCCCUCGUGUGUCCCUCGCGUGUCCCUCGUGUGUCCCUCGUGCGCUGCACUUACUGUUGGCAUCGAAGAUGAGGAACAGAACGCCCUGCACGCAUUUCUGCAUGGACAGACAGACAGAACAAACAACACACAUAGAGCGAGUAUGCGACAAGAGCUUCUCUGUAUGACUGACCUUGGGGCACGCAGCGACCGUAAAGUGGAGACCAACGUCUUUACCCACCUUCACAGUUUCUCCGUCCGUGAUUUCCUCCGACUCCCUGAUCGGCGACACACAUUCAAACACAGCCAGUCUUGCGGUGCACCGUCUGUCUCAUUCGAAGUCUCAAGUCUCACUCGAAGUCAAUGCAGAUUUUGUCGAGCGUUGGGGUGCUCGCCUCGAUCCCAUCUGUGAGACGCCGAUGCGGUGAUCCACCUGGGGCGGGCUCUGGGCUGCCGAGCAGCUCAACAAUCUGCAGACUCUCAAGUACUGGCUUCUGACCUGAAUGAGGGAAUCCCCACGUGCACAUACACACACACACACCACCACACGCACACACACGUGGUAGCAAGCAGAAGUAUCAACAGCGAUAUGUCCCUCGGCGCUGGCUGACCCUCGCAUUUGAGUUGACCGUCGGGGAAGGGGUUCACAUUCGGAAACUUGCCAUUUUCCGCCGCCCGAGCCAGGUUGAGGAGGCCGAGGAACAAGAGCGCGGCGAAGAGUCGGAGCUGCAUCACGAUGACGGUCGGACAAUGCGUGAGGGAGUGAGGGA